ACUGAAUAGUUUUCCCAUGCAGGCAGCAAUAUCCACAACAAUAACCCCUUUUUCUUCAUCUUUUCAAUUCAAAUUCAUGACUCUCCUCCUUUUUUCUGAUUGAGUUGGCUUUCUCUUGUUGAAUCUAUUUCCUUUCGCUCGGUUAUGGCGACUCCUCCGCCAACUUCCACUCCCCCAAAACCAGUUUCUCUAGAUCCAUCUAAUGAAGAUCGCCCAGAUACUAAGGAGGCUGUGCCGGAGAGUUCUCCUACCUCAUCAUCUGUGAACUCAGAACCGAUUCGGGAAGAGCAAGUACAAAAUGCAAUGAAGUUUAUGUUACAUCCAAAAGUUAGGGGGUCCCCUGUCAUGAAUAUAAGGUCAUUUCUUGAAGGGAAGGGUCUCACAAAAGAGGAGAUUGAUGAAGCCUUUCGACGUGUUCUUGAUACAUUAACAGCUGCUGUUUCAAGAACACAUCCAGCCAUCUCUAGUCAAGAUGGGCAGAUAAAACCUUCCUUAAGUGUUCAACAGCAACCUCCAACACAAGUACUGCAGCCUGUGGGCAGCACUUCGAAAAUUGAGAUGCUCUCCCAAUUCCACGGGUAUCAUGCUAUACUUGCAGUGGGAUUACUAGCUGCAGCAGGUGCUGGAACAGCAGUAUUUUUCAAGAAAUCAUUUGUCCCAAGGUUGAAAUCUUGGAUUCGAAAGGUUGUUGCAUCAGAAGAAGAUGACGAGGACCUGAUAGAGAAAAGCGAUACUAAACCAAGUGUAGCAGAAGAAGCUGCCGCUGCUGCAAAAGAUGCUGCUGUUAUGGCAUUGGAUUUAGCUCGAGCAAGCCAGGAGAUGUCGACAAAAAAUAUAGAAGAGAGGAAAUGCGUUGAGGAGAUUAUCAGUACGUUACAUGCUCAAACACAAGAGAUGAAAUCAAUGAUCAAUUCAAUACAGAAGUUGGAAAGUGGAAUUUGUGUUGAUGUGCCGGACAACAGAAGGUUCUCAGGAACCAGUUCAAGUCAACCUUAUACCAGUGGCACCACAUAUACUAAUCCGCGUUCAGGUUAUUUGUAUCGACCUAUGUCUGCGGAACCUACUCACCCUAAGCCGCAUAUGGAGGGGAUCAACGAUGCACCACCGGUCCCCAAUCAGCCGCUAAUGGAUCCAAGUGCAGCACCAAGGCCAAAGCUUUGGGAGGGUACUCAACCGUCUCAGGAGAGCAGCGACGGAACAACCCAAGACAACCAGCUGAAGGGAGACGAUGCGGUGCCAGGAGUGGAAUCCGGUGAGAAACAUAACUCUGGAUGGUCCAACAUGCCUGCAGUUAAUGAUCAACCACCUCAGAGGCAUUUGGUUCCUCCUGAUGAUGUACCAGGCUGGGUCUCCGAGUUGACGCACCGUGAUAGCCGUAUGUAGUACUUUAUGAUUUCGAUAAUGAGGUCAAGUUCUAGAUUUGAUAUAAUUCAACCGUAACAAAAUACUACUCUAUAAAAAGGAGAUAGAAUCACCAAUCUCCGUACAUGCUUUCUUGUUUUGUCGUAGAAUGAAUGAAUCCAUUAAUUGAUGUUUGACAGUGACUAGAAAUGCUUCCAAUGAUAGAAAUUAUAGGGUGGAUUGA